GAAUGCUACAAUUUAUUAAUUAAUUCUUUUAAACAAAACAUCACAGUUUCAGACUUGGCUUUACGUAAACUCUGCUUAUUUGAUAGUACGAAGACAGUUCAUAAAUAAUUUAUUUAAAAAUUAAAUUAAACAGAUAUCCACACGGAUACAAAUUUAUCUUCACAGCUUUUUACUAUUAUCAUUUAUUCUAUACUUUCUAAAUUAAAACUUUUUCUAUUUUGCUAGUCUAGUGGUUUUUGUGGUACUAGGAUGUACCAUUCAAAAACCACUAGACUAGUCAACAAAAGCAUUUUUUGUUCAUAAAGUUAAUAUAUUAUGCAUCCUUUACUGGUUUUAAGUUACUUUCAUGUAGUAUAAAUGCAGCAUGUUUAGCCAUUAUUGAUUCAGGAAUCCCCAUGAAGCAUACUAUAGCUGCUGUAGACGCUGUUUUAUUAGAAGAUGGAAAAAUAGUUGUAAAUCCUACGUCGAAAGAGGAAAAAUUGGCCAAAGCACAGUUCACCUUAGCUUUCGAGACAGUCAAGUUUCGGUUAGUCACGAUGAACACUUGCGGUCGCUUCACUCUGAAAGAAUUCGAAAACUGCGUGGAAGCGUGCCGUUCCGCAGCCGGUAAAGUAGUUGACUUCUAUCGUUCUCUGAUCUCUAGGAGAUUCAGCAAACAGAAAACAUCAGACAUGCAACACGAAGUGGAUCGGGUAUCCGAGACCUUUCACAAAAACUUCAACGUUAACAAAGAGGAAUCCGAGGAUUCGGACUGAACACAGUUAAAUCCCCUUCUGUACAUACUUUCAUAAUAAAUUUUAUGGCUAUUACUUAAAUUAGUCUCGUUUUUGCGACUUGGUCUGGUAAGAAAAUUGAUUCCUUUCUUAAGCAAGAGGUGGCACAAACUGAAAAAGUUUUUCUUGGCGAGGAUAUUCAGUUGUCGAAACUCGUAUAUCACUAGAUUAGUUCCGGUGUCAGUUCGGAUGAUAUGUCCCGGCUGCAUUCGACAUAUUAAUUACCUUCUGUAUCAAAGUGUCGAGUGCCAUCAAACCGGUACUCCCUUCGAUAUAUUUUAAUAUGGACCUAGCGAUUGUCGGCUGUCCGGCCAUCACCAUUUACCUCGGAAAGGUUAGAAAAAUGCAAGUUGUAAACCUUAGGAAAAUCGAUAAUGAUCUAUCGAUUGUAAUUGUGGGAUACUCUACGAAUGGGGGUUAAGUUGCUCCGACUGCAACUGGGCUCGGAAUGAAGAUUGUAAAGUUGUUUCUUCGUAGACAGGACCACCGACGUACGCGCUUGACAGGAAGUGGAACGUGUAACAGAUACGAUAACUUUUUUCAAGAAGGGUAACAAAGAUCUCCAUCGUUAGAGCAACGGUUGACAGGAAGGUGAGAGUUAUCUUGUCAUUGACAGAUCGCUUCUGCCUGAUCGUGUUGCCUAUUUAUGUUUAUCUAAUCACUGACCGAAGCUUUUUUUCUCCCAGCAGUUUUGCAUCCGACUAUCUGCAGACGUACUGUACGUAUGAAUAUUUAACACCGUAACUCGAUACAUCAGAUUUCGAAUGGCGUGCUUAUCUGGCGUAAAAUCCCAUUUAUUACGUUGUGUAAUAAUUAUGAAUUACUUUAAUUACCGUUAACGGGAUCCAAAAAAUUAAGAUAUCAAAAAAAUGCCAUUAGUGAUUGCCGAAGCCGACAGAU